CCGCUCGCCACCACUUCCUACCACCGGCCUCCAGAGCUGCCGCCAUUGAAACUAUACAAUACAGGCGGCGAACGGGCAGGAGGCAGCGCGAGGCGGCGCCGCAGGAGUGAAGCGGCGGGUGGAAGAGGAGGCGGCGGCGGCCGCCGGCGGGCAGUUUCUAUUAGAGCAAACAAAAACAAUUUUCUACCAGAACCCUGAAAAACAACCAGCAACAUGUCAGCCAGAGGUGGAAAGAAAAAAAUGAGCAAAAUAUCACGCUCCAGUAGAGCAGGUGUUAUUUUUCCAGUGGGAAGAAUGAUGCGGUACUUGAAGAAAGGAACGUACAAGUAUCGGAUAGGAAUGGGUGCUCCGGUAUACAUGGCAGCUGUCAUAGAAUAUCUGGCAGCAGAAAUAUUGGAAUUAGCUGGAAAUGCUGCAAGAGACAACAAAAAGGGAAGAAUUGCACCGAGGCACAUCCUUCUGGCAGUUGCUAACGAUGAAGAGUUAAAUCAGUUGUUAAAAGGAGUGACUAUCGCAAGUGGAGGUGUUCUACCCAGAAUUCAUCCAGAGCUUCUUGCCAAAAAACGAGGCGCCAAAAGCAAAUCUGAUACUAUCCUUUCACCUACUCCAGAGAAGAGAGGAAGAAAACCUUUGGGGGUCAAGAAAAGUGGAAAAAAAGCAAAGACUGGUAAAGCUCGGACACCUAAAAAGAAUAAACAGAAGGAAAAUGAAAAAGAAGGAGCAUCAAAUUCAACAGCCGAUGAUGGACCUGGAGAUGGAUUCACUAUACUCUCGUCCAAGAGCCUUGUUCCUGGACAGAAGUUAUCUCUGACACAAAGUGACAUCAACCAUAUUGGUUCAAUGAAAGUAGAAGGUAUUGUGCAUCCAACUACUGGUGAAAUAGACCUCAAAGAGGAAGUAGGCAAAGCAUUGGAAAAAGCUGGUGGUAAAGAGUUCUUAGAAACGGUAAAGGAACUUCGUAAAUCACAGGGACCUUUGGAAGUCACGGAAGCUGCUCUCGGUCAGGCUACUGGUCUAGCAGCAAAAUUUGUCAUUCACUGUCACAUCCCACAAUGGGGUUCAGAUAAAUGUGAAGAACAACUGGAGGAGACAAUAAAGAAUUGUUUAACUACUGCUGAAGAUAAGAAGCUGAAGUCUGUGGCUUUUCCACCUUUUCCCAGUGGCAGAAAUUGUUUUCCAAAACAGACUGCAGCCCAGGUGACUCUGAAAGCCAUUUCUUCCCAUUUUGAUGACUCCAGUCCUUCUUCCUUGAAGAACAUUUACUUCCUGCUUUUUGACAGUGAGAGCAUUGGCAUCUAUGUGCAAGAGAUGGCAAAGCUAGAUGCAAAGUAGUAACAGAAGCCAAAUGAAAAUUUAUUUUUCAACAUGAAUAUGAGUAGGAAUGGAAUUAGAAGUGGGUUUUAUUUUUAAAAUAUUGUGAGAACGGAAUAUGUGAGUAGCUUUGAAGUUUUGUGAUGGGUGGAGGGCUUUUGUUAUUGAGGGAGAAAGGGGGGAAUUGUUUGAGAGAGUUUGAGCUGCAGAUAUAUCACGCUUUAGGCCCUCUACAUUUUGUAUCUUCCCCAAGAAAUUAUUUUCCCAGUUCACUACAUUUUAAUGUCUCAAGUUAUUUUAGUUUAGAUCUUUUUUUUAAAAAAAAAUAAUCUCAUUAUAGAGUAGCAAACAAUUCAAUGCAUCCAUCAGUUGAAAAAUGUGGAUUGUUUGCUUCCCUUUAUUUUCCCACUAGUAGUUAGAAAUCUUUAUGUUGUGUCUAUGUUCCAUGAUGGAGAAGAUAAUUUUGACUCACUUGGUGCUUUACUGUUUUAUCCCAGAAUGACCUGUAAUUGCUGAAAAAUAUUUCAUCUUAUUUGUUUUGAUAAAAAAUAGCAUCAUGCUUUUUUAAAACUUUAA